CUCUGUACACGCUCAGAAGCGCUCAGAGCGCUCCACAGCGUAGAUCAGGAAAAGGGAAGGGAACAGCCGGUAGCCAUAUUAUAUAGGACCAAAACAGUAAAUAUAAGGCUACAGAAGCAACCGACUACAGAGGUCCCUGGGAUAUCGCCUCCGGAGACAUUCCGGUCACCGUUGGCGGCCUGAUCAGAGUCGUGGUGACAACUUAAAGACUGUUCCUGCUCACAAAGCGGCGUGCCGAGGACGGACGCGUCUCUUUGAAUAGACAGGAUGCACGGACCGCCCUCCGGCGACAGCGCAUGCCCAUUGCGCACGAUCAAGAGAGUUCAGUUCGGCAUCAUCAGCCCAGAUGAACUUGUAGGUUUUCUUUUGGGGGGAAGUGGGGUAUUAUAUUCUCUUUCGACCAGUCACAUUUCACUUGAACAGCUCUUUGAGUUAUCUUGUAGUUUGACAUAUUUUGCAAAGAAACAUGGCUCUGUUUACGACGUAAAGUGCUGGCUGUUAGCCUAGCUUAGCCUAGCUGUGUUAGGCUGGCGGAGCUUGUGCUAACUAGCAUGUAGCAGGAAGUUUGCAAACUAAAAGCACAACAUUGUGAGAUGAGAUCUAAAAUAUCACAUGACUGAAACCCCCUUUUUAUUCACGAAAUGUACCUUGCAGACCCAUCAGUGUGUAGAUAAAUGGUUUUGUUAUAGCCCAUUGUAAAGGACAUCGUGUAUUACUCAUGGUCGCUGUGUAUGGAUUCGUAUUUAAACUUGUAUAAAUGAAUAAAGGGUAAUUUAACAGAAAAUCAGAUAUGCAUGUUGUCUUUUACGGGAUUAGAUUUAUGCAGUUUUGAGGAUAACUAAUAAAAUAUUUUACGUGAUCUUUUGCGUUUGUUGUUAUGGCACGUGUUUGAUCUGUAACCCUUCACAUGUGAAUUAUUAAAUAUAAUCUCAAAUAUUACACAUUUGCAUGAAAAUUAUUCUCUCAUUGACGUAGUUAUUUGUGGAAAACGAGUUUUUUUUGGACUCAUAUGCCACUUUGGUUUGUUUUACAUUGAUUGAUUUUAGUUGUUUCUUUGUUUUGCAUUAUUUUCUGUUGUUUUAAAAAAAAAAAACAUCCACUGUCUUUCCCCCCAGAAACGGAUGUCGGUUACAGAGGGGGGGAUCAAAUACCCCGAAACAACAGAAGGAGGACGUCCUAAACUUGGUGGCCUUAUGGACCCGAGACAAGGGGUCAUAGAAAGGACUGGAAGAUGUCAGACAUGUGCAGGUAUGCUGCCAUUUUACUUUUCAUACUUGUUUAUCAUCAAGUUAAGUUUUGUUCAAAGCUGAUUUCAUAACUAACAGGUGUCAAACUCAAGUCCCGGGGGCCAAAUCUGGCACAUGAAACAAUUAUAUCUGGCCCACUAGAUCAUAUCAUAUCUGUAUUAUUAUUGGCCCACCAGUAUGAAGGCAGAUGAAGAUAAUAAUGUAAACUUUAGCACCAUUAGUUUAAAUAUCCUUAAUAAACAAUGAGCAUCAGGGAAAGUAAAGAGUGAGGAAGAUUAGAUAGAUAGUCAUGAAUGUGGGGAAAAAUAAUUUGUGUUUUAUUCAUGUUUCCAAUUUUGCAUCUCAAGAUUACAAGUCAAACAUGAUUUGACUUUUUGUUUUGUGCUCUGAUUUUUUUUUUCAACUUAGUAUUUGGAUUUAUGUCAUUUUAAUCUGUUAGAUACCAGUUUUAAUUUUUAAGUCAUAUUUUAACUUUAAAUUCUUGAUUCCAAAAUUAUUACAUAUUUUGACCUUUCAAACUUAUGAUUUCAACUUUGUCCUCAUGUAUUUGCUCUUCAAAAGCAUUAUUUUUCUAUCUUUAAUAUCACGUUCUGAUCUUUUGAACUCAUCUAUUGGAUUUUUUUUUUUAAUCUCAGAUUGCCUUUAAACUUAACUUUUUAUCUUUUUUGAAUUUCCAAAUAAUUUAUAAUCAUUGCUAUUUUUUGUUACAUAUUUUUUGAAAAGGAGGUUGACAGUUUUGGUGAAAUGUUGACCCUGUUUGGCCCUCAGGUUAGGCCUAGAUCCAGAUUGUGGCCUUGCUAUGGUUGAGUUUGACACCCCUGCCAUAACUGAUUGUUGUUCAAAUGGCUUUUGUCACUUCAGGCAACAUGACAGAAUGUCCAGGCCACUUCGGACACAUAGAACUGGCAAAGCCGGUUUUCCAUGUUGGCUUCGUAACAAAGAUAAUGAAGGUUCUCCGGUGUGUUUGCUUCUUUUGCUCGAAGCUGUUAGUGGAUUCUGUAAGUAUAAUUCAACAUCUAACAGCACAUCAUUUCAUAAAUUUAUAGUAUUUCAGUCUUGUUCUUGGGUUUGCAGUUCAGAUUUUUAACUUGCAGCUGUGUCAUUUUGCUGUUUAUUUCAGAACAAUCCAAAGAUCAAGGACAUCUUGGUGAAAUCUAAAGGGCAGCCAAGGAAGCGUUUGACACACGUGUAUGAGCUGUGCAAAGGUAAAAACAUCUGCGAGGGAGGAGAGGAGAUGGACAACAAAUUUGGAAUGGAGCAGCAGGAGACCGAGGAGGACAUUACAAAAGAAAAGGUAUUUGGGUGGAGUCAUUCUGUCAUAGUUGUUGCCUUUUCAUCUCUAAAAAAUUAGUGCUCAAGUAAUCAUCAUCUAUCUCUCUUUCUAUUUUCUUCACCAUAUGACCUACGCAGGGCCAUGGUGGCUGUGGGCGCUACCAGCCAAGCAUCAGGCGCUCGGGCUUGGAGUUGUUCGCAGAGUGGAAGCACGUCAAUGAGGAUUCACAGGAAAAGAAAAUCCUGCUGAGUCCUGAGCGUGUGCAUGAGAUCUUCAAGCGCAUCUCAGAUGAAGAGGACGUCAUCUUGGGCAUGGACCCCAAGUUUUCCCGACCGGAGUGGAUGAUUGUGACAGUUCUGCCUGUGCCUCCUCUGGCUGUCAGGCCAGCUGUAGUCAUGCAGGGCUCCGCUCGUAACCAGGUACUGUAACAGUACUGUCUUUGCUUGUUUGAAAAGCUUUGAUUUGAUGAUUGACUCGACAUAAAAUCAUUUAUUUUCUCUUUUAAAGGAUGACUUGACCCACAAACUUGCCGAUAUUGUCAAAAUCAACAACCAGCUGAGAAGAAAUGAGCAGAGCGGUGCUGCAGCUCACGUCAUAGCUGAAGACGUCAAACUGCUCCAGUUUCAUGUGGCCACCAUGGUAGACAACGAGUUACCAGGCCUUCCAAGGGUAUGUUUUGCACUUUUACCACCUUAAAUAUGCAGUUAGAUUAGCUGAUUUAAUGGAAUUGAGGCCAGUCUCAUUUUACAACUCUGCUAAAUAUUCCUACAAUUUAAAACUUGUUUUAUUUCACAGGCGAUGCAAAAGUCUGGCCGUCCCCUCAAAUCCAUAAAACAGCGUCUAAAGGGGAAGGAGGGUCGAGUCCGAGGUAACCUGAUGGGAAAGCGUGUGGACUUCUCAGCAAGAACUGUCAUCACCCCGGAUCCCAAUCUGCAAAUUGACCAAGUGGGUGUACCCCGAUCCAUUGCAGCCAACAUGACCUUCCCAGAAAUCGUCACGCCCUUUAACAUCGACAGGUAAUGCAGAGAAGCCAGUUCAACCUUAAGAAGCUGAAUGAGUUUCAAAACUAUGUUGAUUACUCAAUGUAGCACCACCCAACUCAUUCCGAUGACUGUUUUAGACUACAAGAGCUGGUGCGAAGAGGCAACAGUCAGUAUCCAGGCGCCAAAUACAUCAUCCGUGACAAUGGGGACAGAAUCGACCUGCGGUUCCACCCCAAACCAAGUGACCUUCAUCUGCAGAUUGGCUACAAGGUAAAACUGGAAUAGGUGUAACAUUCAUGAAGCAAUCUUGACCCAAAUCAUCGUUGAGUCUGACUAAAUCUUGCUUGUUUUUGUCAAGGUGGAAAGACAUAUGUGCGACGGAGACAUUGUCAUCUUUAACCGACAGCCUACACUACAUAAAAUGUCUAUGAUGGGGCACAGGGUUCGCAUUCUGCCGUGGUCUACAUUUCGACUUAACCUCAGGUACAAAACAAAAAUGAGACCUGACUUUGGCUUGGUAUCAAGCAGAUGAUUUCUGAAAAGUUUUUUUUUUUGUUUCGUUUUAGGAUUCUGGGUUCAUUAUUCUGUUAAAAUCUGAUAAAUGUUUCAUCAUUACAAUCUUCGAACUGUAUUGAAUCGGUCUAAAUAUCAAAUCCUCUUCUCCAGUGUCACCACCCCUUACAACGCUGACUUUGAUGGAGAUGAAAUGAACCUCCAUCUGCCUCAGUCCCUGGAGACAAGAGCAGAGAUCCAGGAGCUGGCCAUGGUCCCCCGUAUGAUCGUCACGCCUCAGUCCAACAGGCCCGUCAUGGGUAUCGUGCAGGACACACUCACAGCUGUCCGCAAAUUCACCAAAAGAGACGUCUUCUUAGAGAGGGUACGCCGAUUUUGAUAACCCCACCAGGUGCUGCUCUUUUUCUUCUUCAAGGGUCAUAACAAUGUGUGAUUCUCUUCCACAGGGUGAAGUGAUGAACCUUCUUAUGUUCCUCUCCACCUGGGACGGGAAAGUGCCCCAGCCCGCCAUCCUGAAGCCUCGCCCUCUGUGGACUGGGAAGCAGAUCUUCAGUUUAAUCAUUCCUGGACACAUCAACGUGAUCCGCACACACAGCACCCACCCGGACGAUGAAGACAGUGGUCCUUACAAACACAUCUCACCUGGAGACACAAAGGUACACACCCUGAUGAGCUUUGUGAAUGUAAACGAUUGAAAAUGGAAAACGAGGCAUGGGACUGAGCCGUCUUCUCCCUCACACAGGUCAUCGUGGAGAACGGUGAGUUGAUCAUGGGCAUCCUGUGCAAGAAAUCUCUGGGAACCUCCGCCGGGUCCCUCGUCCACAUCUCCUACCUGGAGAUGGGUCACGACAUCACCAGACUCUUCUACUCCAACAUUCAGACUGUGGUCAACAACUGGCUGCUCAUCGAGGGUAAGAAAACAGUCAAGUCUGUAUUAAAUAUCUUUGUUUUUUAUCUUAAUAUUCACUGGUUUACUCUUGUUUCAUCCCUCAGGUCAUUCCAUUGGUAUCGGUGACUCUAUUGCUGAUGCCAAGACCUACCUCGACAUCCAGAACACCAUCAAGAAAGCCAAACAGGAUGUGAUAGAAGUGAGCACGCAGUCUUCCUACUCUCAGCAGCUGAAAUUAAACUUAAAAUAAGCAAAUUUUGACAUGGCUGAUUUUUUUUUCUUCUCGCCAGGUUAUUGAGAAAGCCCACAACAACGAGCUGGAGCCGACCCCUGGUAACACUCUAAGACAGACCUUUGAGAACCAGGUGAACCGUAUCCUCAACGACGCUCGUGACAAAACAGGAUCAUCUGCCCAGAAGUCUCUGUCUGAGUACAAUAACUUCAAGUCCAUGGUGGUGGCCGGGUCUAAGGGUUCAAAGAUUAACAUCUCACAGGUAGAUUGAGCAAAACCUGGAUUCAUCAGAUGGAAGACUGGUUCUCUGUUCUGUAUCUUUAACAUGGCGUUGUCUGUUUUCAGGUUAUUGCCGUGGUGGGGCAGCAGAACGUGGAGGGUAAGCGAAUCCCCUUCGGCUUCAAACACCGCACGUUGCCACACUUCAUUAAAGACGACUACGGUCCUGAGAGCAGAGGCUUCGUGGAGAACUCGUACCUGGCCGGUUUGACACCAACUGAGUUUUUCUUCCACGCCAUGGGAGGCAGAGAGGGUCUGAUCGACACGGCUGUGAAAACUGCUGAGACUGGUAGGUGAAGGAGGCAGGAAGAAAUUAGACAAGAAUGAAAAGGAGGAUUUAUUUAUUUUUAUAUUUAUUAUUAAGGUGUGAUUGUAAAUAUGAUGAAUCUCUUUUAUCAGGUUACAUCCAGCGUCGUCUGAUCAAAUCUAUGGAGUCUGUCAUGGUGAAGUAUGACGGCACGGUGCGAAACUCCAUCAACCAGGUGGUUCAGCUGCGUUACGGAGAGGACGGCUUGGCAGGAGAGAACGUCGAGUUCCAAAACGUGGCGACACUCAAACCCUCACACAAGGCCUUUGAAAAGAAGUGAGUCAAUAGUUUCUGAUCCUUAUGAUGUGUUUAAUACUUAAUAAUACUCUGGUGUCGUCGGCUUAAUCCUCCUCCUUUUUUUUCUCCUGCUCUUUCUAGAUUCAAGUUUGACUGCACCAACGAGCGAGCGCUGAGGAGAAUGCUUCAAGAAGACGUAGUGAAAGAUGUCCUCACCAACGCCCAUGUGCAGAGCUCCUUGGAGAGAGAGUUUGAUAAGAUGAAGGAGGACAGGGAGGUCCUCAGAGCCAUUUUCCCCACUGGUGACAGUAAGGUGCGUGUGGUCAAAUUUAUUAUUUAAAAAAAACCCACUUCCUCUCUUUUAGAGCCUUGCAGGAUAACUUCAAGUUUCUUAUACUUUCAACCUUUCUUCUCUGCUGCUGCAGGUGGUGCUGCCAUGCAACCUGGCCAGAAUGAUUUGGAACGCUCAGAAGAUCUUCCGCAUCAACACUCGGACUCCGACAGAUCUAAAUCCUCUCAGGGUGGUCGAUGGUAAGCUCAGGAUUGUGUGUCGUCAUAGAAUUAGAGCGAGGAGUUCAUGGCCUUGGUUCCUCUUUAGAGCCUCAUGAAGCCACCUGGAGGAUUUGAUAGUUCAACUGGAGGUCUCUCUCUUCACGUAAUAACAGAAUACGCAGCAGUGACGCACACAUGCUUGAAAUCUGGUAAUGCAGGACAACUAAGAGGUCCAUCCAAACAUGUAAGGGUUUUUAUCUGACAAAUGAAGAUAAAAAACUACAAAUUUUAUCCCUUAUUGUCCACACGCUGAAGCGAGACACCUUCAGUACUUAUAGGGCACACCAGGGGGCGUCUGUAACCACCAAUGUAGAGGAUUUCUUGCACAUUUAUUCAAUAUUAGAUUGUGAGAAAUUCAGAACGAGUCCAUUAACUGUGUGGGUCUAAAAUGUGCAGUUUUUGUUGGACAGUUAGACAGUUGUUUAUCAGAACUUUGUUGCGUUGAUUUCAACCUUUGGGGUCGUUUUUGAUUUUUUUUUAAGGUGUUCACGACCUGAGCAAGAAGCUAGUGAUUGUGAACGGCGAAGAUCCACUCAGCAGACAGGCCCAGGAGAACGCCACCCUGCUCUUUAACAUCCACCUGCGUUCCACGCUCUGCUCCAAACGUAUGACCGAGGAGUUCCGGCUGUCCACAGAGGCUUUCGACUGGCUGCUGGGAGAAAUCGAGACCAAAUUCAACCAAUCCAUCGUAAGAUAACUCUUUCCUUGUUUACAGAAAGAUAUUUUUGUAACUACCUUUUUUUUCUGUUGUGUUUUAAUCUAAAUUCGUCUUUAUUUCCAGGCCCACCCUGGUGAAAUGGUCGGCGCCCUGGCUGCUCAGUCUCUAGGAGAGCCCGCCACUCAGAUGACCCUGAACACUUUCCACUACGCUGGUGUGUCAGCCAAGAACGUAACACUGGGUGUGCCUCGUCUGAAGGAGUUGAUCAACAUCUCCAAGAGGCCCAAAACCCCCUCUCUGACCGUUUUCCUGCUGGGUCAGGCUGCUCGUGACGCUGAGAGGGCCAAGGAUAUCCUCUGCAGACUGGAGCACACUACACUAAGAAAGGUUUGAGGAAAACAAAGAUAAACGAGCCGUUCCUCCCACGACUAUAGAUAGAAAAUCAGUGACUGAAGAACCUUUCCUCCACAGGUAACAGCCAACACUGCCAUCUACUACGACCCCAACCCUCAGAACACGGUGGUGGCCGAGGAUCAGGAGUGGGUGAACGUCUACUAUGAGAUGCCUGACUUUGACGUGACUCGCAUCUCACCCUGGCUGCUUCGCAUUGAGCUUGAUCGCAAACACAUGACUGAUCGCAAACUGACCAUGGAGCAGAUCGCAGAGAAGAUCAACGCGGGUAAGUUUCGCAACAUUAAGACUUAUCUCAAAAAGAGAUUGAGAGAUUAUUUCUCUAAUGACUCUGUUUUUUCUGCAAGGUUUCGGAGACGACCUGAACUGUAUCUUCAAUGACGAUAACGCUGAGAAGCUGGUGCUGCGGAUCAGGAUCAUGAACAGCGAUGAGAACAAGUUCCAAGAGGUCAGCGAUGGUGGCUUUACUCACAGUAUCUUCAAAGGAACCGUCUUAAACUUCCACAGUAAUCACAAAAAAAUGUUAUUUACUGGUGCAGGAUGAAGAAGUGGUGGACAAAAUGGACGAUGAUGUCUUCUUGAGAUGCAUCGAGUCCAACAUGCUGACAGACAUGACCCUACAAGGCAUCGAGCAGAUCAGCAAGGUAACAAACACCAGUGUCCUGUUCACUCCACAUCUCUUUGAAAAGCUCAAAUCCUGAGUACGAGUAAAAAGUCGUCACCUCUCUCUUCCAGGUGUACAUGCACUUGCCCCAGACUGACAAUAAGAAGAAGAUCAUCAUCACAGAGGACGGAGAGUUCAAGGCCCUGCAGGAGUGGAUCCUUGAGACAGACGGAGUCAGCCUCAUGAGGGUGCUCAGCGAGAAAGACGUAGACCCCGUCAGGACCACCUCUAACGACAUUGUGGAGAUCUUCACGGUAUAAAAGCAGAGAUAAUAGUUUUCUCAUUACUGUUGCAUCACAGCAGAUUUUUUUUAAACAUACUUUAAAUCUUUAAAAAAAAAAAGGUCCUGGGGAUUGAGGCUGUGCGAAAGGCUCUGGAGAGGGAGUUGUACCACGUCAUCUCCUUCGACGGUUCCUACGUCAACUACCGUCACUUGGCUCUGCUUUGCGACACCAUGACGUGCCGCGGUCACUUGAUGGCCAUCACACGUCACGGCAUCAACCGACAAGACACAGGACCGCUCAUGAAGUGUUCCUUUGAGGAGACGGUAAGACAGUUAACAGAAGUUUCAGGCUCUGUCACCAAGACAACAAACUUUUUUUAUUUGGAUGCUUAAUUUUUGUGUUUCCUCCUCAAGGUGGAUGUGCUGAUGGAGGCAUCGUCCCAUGGUGAGAGUGACCCCAUGAAAGGCGUAUCAGAGAACAUCAUGCUUGGCCAGCUCGCUCCAGCCGGGACAGGCUGUUUUGACCUGCUGUUGGAUGCUGAGAAGUGUAAAUACGGCAUGGAGAUCCCCACGAACAUACCUGGAAUCAGCGUGGCAGGACGUAAGUGGAGACACGUUUGAGUGUCACGAUGAUUCGAUUGCAGAUACAGCGUGAGCGCUUUAUAUUUAUGUUCUGUAUGUAUCCUAUUUACAGCCACGGGAAUGUUCUUUGGCACGGUACCGAGUCCCAUGAGUGGAAUGUCACCUGCUAUGACCCCCUGGAACACAGGAGCGACCCCAGCCUAUGGCGCCUGGUCUCCUAGUGUUGGUGAGCGUUAACCCAAGAUGCUUUGGGUCAUUUGUUUCUGUUUAAGCGUGACUCACUGACCUUUUUUUUUUUUUUUUUUCUUUCUUUCUUUCUCCUUCCAGGAAGCGGCAUGACCCCCGGAGCAGCAGGGUUCUCUCCCAGUGCAGCUUCAGAUGCAAGUGGUUUCUCCCCUGGUUACUCCCCGGCCUGGUCUCCCACUCCUGGUUCCCCGGGAUCUCCAGGACCUGCAAGCCCGUACAUCCCAUCUCCAGGUUAGACACUGAAGAAAUCUUUUUGUUUUUUCUUCACCAUUUUUGUUGACAAAGUUGUAAUCAGAAGUUCGUGGACAUAGGCCCUAAAUGUUUUCAGCCUUUAAACUCGUUCAUAAAUUGAUCUAUUACAUCAAAAACUCUGCUUUAAGUUUUGGUAAAUAUAAGGGAAGACUUUGUUAAAUACAGUUUUGCAAACAGUUGAACAAAAAGAAAAAAAAAACAGAUGUCCUAAAGUGGAUCCCUGAGGGACUCCCUAAGUCUUUCUCACCCUAAAUUGCUGUUUUGUUUUUCACUUUUUAGGUGGAGCUAUGUCACCAAACUACUCCCCUACCUCUCCUGCCUACGAGCCACGCUCUCCAGGAGGCUACACCCCUCAAAGUCCUGGAUACUCUCCAACGUCUCCAUCCUACUCCCCCACUUCUCCCUCCUACUCCCCCACCAGCCCCAACUACAGCCCCACAUCUCCCUCCUACUCGCCCACCUCGCCGAGCUAUUCUCCCACCUCCCCGUCGUACUCGCCGACUUCUCCGUCUUAUUCUCCGACGUCUCCAUCUUACUCUCCCACCUCUCCGUCUUACUCACCCACAUCUCCAUCUUACUCCCCCACUUCACCGAGCUACAGCCCAACAUCGCCCAGCUAUAGCCCGACAUCACCCAGUUACUCACCCACUUCACCUUCUUACUCACCCACCUCUCCGUCUUAUUCACCGACAUCUCCAUCAUACUCCCCCACCUCCCCAUCCUACUCUCCAACUUCUCCUUCCUACUCGCCCACUUCUCCGAGCUACAGCCCAACAUCACCAAACUACACCCCCACCUCCCCCAGCUACUCCCCCACCUCUCCCUCUUACUCGCCAACAUCGCCUUCUUACUCCCCAACCUCCCCCAACUACACCCCAACCAGCCCCAACUACUCCCCCACCUCUCCCUCUUACUCCCCCACCUCUCCAUCAUACUCACCCUCCAGUCCACGUUACACGCCGCAGUCACCCACCUACACACCCAGCUCGCCUUCAUACAGCCCCAGCUCUCCUUCCUACUCCCCCACCUCCCCCAAAUACACCCCGACUUCCCCCUCGUACAGCCCCAGCUCUCCGGAGUACACUCCCACCUCUCCAAAAUACUCUCCUACUUCACCAAAGUACUCCCCUACAUCACCGAAGUACUCCCCGACUUCUCCUACAUACUCCCCAACGACUCCAAAGUACAGCCCCACCUCUCCUACCUACUCCCCCACCUCUCCUACCUACACCCCAACCAGCCCCAAAUACUCCCCUACUUCGCCUACUUACUCCCCAACUUCACCCAAAUACUCUCCCACAUCUCCUACUUACUCGCCGACUAGUCCUAAAGGCUCCACGUACAGCCCCACCUCACCUGGAUACAGCCCCACCUCCCCCACAUACAGCCCGGCCAUCAGCCCUGACGACAGCGACGAGGAAAACAACUGAAGAGCCACGGCGAAGGAGAAGGGGAGGCGGCUAAAGAAACCCCGUCACCUCAUUUGAAGGACAGCGCCUUUUAUCCAGCUGGAGGUGGCGGUGCUUCCACCCAAAAAAAAGGGGGGUCCCAAUUGAUUUUUCUUUCUCCUCUGGGACUUCUGCCAUGCUCUCCAGUGUCGACCAUCUGAGCCCUCCAUCUUCUCUAAGAAGUUGUUAAAGCUACUUUAUGUGAAAGAACUUGAACUGCUUCGCCUGAAGGAAAAAAAAAAGGCUGCCUUUUGAAAUAGUUUUUUAUUUUCACACGGGGUGUUAGAGGAAAAAACUGCAAAUCCCAAUGAGGGGAACUAAAAGGAGAGGAAGAUGUGGUGAACACAUGACAGGGGAGAAAAUGUCCCUUUUUAACUUUACAGUGUACUGCAUCCAGUCUCUCUCUCAUUCUCUAACCGUCGGGUGUGUAGUCGUGGAAAAGCGUACAUAUUGCCAAAAGCCUUUUUGAGAAGUGGAUUGUAUUCAUCACUAAAGAAAAUCAAGGAGUUAAGGUUUAGACUUUGUUUACUGCAUACUUCACCAAGGUGUAUCUUGUUAGACCUUUUGCUGCUUUUGUAAAAAAAGAAAAAAAAACUACAGUUGCUGCCAGUUCAGGGGGAGAGGGGGCGUUUCGUGGAUCAAAGACGCAGAUGUCAGAGUUUAGGAGGGAAAUGACGAAUGUCGAUAGGAGAGAGAAACUGGCUUGCACGAAGGAAAAUGUCACUCUUUCAACAUCAACGAAUCCUUAGGUGUGUGCCCAUCGCCUUCCCCUCUUUCUCCUUCACACCCCAAAGACAAAAAACUCUUAAAGAUGUCAUGAAAAAAAAAAACACCCACCAGCAUCCUCUUGUCCUCUACCAUUUUUGCAAACUUGUGCAUCAAAAGGAGAAAAAAAAACAAAAACACUUUUCCAGAUGAAACUCUUCCCUUUGCAAUGGGAAUAAAAAGAUUUAUAUUGAACGGAAAUAAUCAAGAGGAUUAUUCCCUCUUUGAGUUUGAUUCUUGGAGGAAAUCGGGCACAUGUGGAUGAGGGAUUCUAGUUUGGUGUCGCUGCUUUUGUCAUUGUUUGCAUGAGUAGCACAUGUUAAUACAUUUAAUCAAGCUUUAGGUUGAACGAUUUUCAAAUCCCUCCCACUUGUCGCUAAUCUUCGCCCCAUUUCUGAUAGCUGACGUGUACACAGGUUUAUUUGGACUGUUCGGUUUAUUUAAGGAAAUGUUAACUGCUAUUCUGUGUGAAUAUACAUAGAGAAAAAUUGAGAUCUUAAUUUUCUUUUUCAUUUUUAUUUUCUUUUUUUUUUGCUUUUCUCUGGUUUGCUUCUGGUGACUUUGUGAAGCUGUCUGAGGAGGUUUAUGUUCAUGAGCUGUGGAUGAAGAGGCAGAGGACGGAGGAGAGUGCUCAGUCUCAUUUUCUCCUAAAUAGUGAAGUUAAUCCAAAACUGGCGCUCGCUCUCUCUACAUUUACAGUGUACACAUUGUUGCAUGCCGCUGCUUCAGUGAAGGGUUCGAAAUAUUCAGUCCUCAGCUCAGCUCUUCGAGUUUUCAUGACAGAAGUUAAUUUCUUUCUUUUGAGCAGCGAUUCUUAAAUUUACUGCGUUUAUUUAAGAAUAUCUGCUAAAAAUAACAACUUACCCACUACAUUAGUGUGACUUUCUUUCAAAUAUAUGGGUGCUUUCUCUCGUGACUAGUUUGACUAUUUAAGGGAAUCAGUUAAGACGAACUGAAUCAUAAUUUCUCUCCCUCCUCGUUCUAGUCGUAAGACUCUGUUUCUGAAUUUAAAGCCCCUUCCUCCUCCCUCUUCAGCCACAAUGACCCUCAUUUCAAAUCAGUGUUUGUUUUUUCUACAAGUGUAUGUACCUGUGACGACGAGGGGAAUCAUAGGGAGGGCGGGGAGAGUAUUUGACUUGACUGGGAGUCCUGCGAGGAUAUAAAUACACGUUUGCUUCCAAUAUUCUCCUGAUUUGAUCGGACUUCAUCCUCUUGCCUUUGAGAUAACGCAGGUUUUUGGUGAAUGCACUUAGUAAAUAUUGUGGUGGACACAAGCCCCAGACAUGUGAUAUUCUGUCCACUAGGCUUGCAUCGAUCCUGUUGUCUUAACCGCGUGCUGUCCAGUCGGUUCAAAAAGGAAAAAAGAAAAACUACAAGGACUCCCAGGUGGUGUGAAUGUGCGCGUGUUGAAGGAAGUGUGUGUCCGAGAGAGGGCGAGACAGGGUUAACAAGCUGAGGAAAGACUUCACAUGUCUGGGCACAGGAAGGUUCGACUUGAAAUUGCCACUGUAUAGAAAUGGAUUCAUUAUCUCAUUCUCUGUAUCUCUGUUCUGUUUGUUUUUUGACUUGGAAAAAAAUGAAUAAAAGUUUUACUAUAACAUGA